AUGGGUUAUGUACCAGCUCAACAAGGAUGGAUCGCUUUUGCCAUACAUGACGAGAUGGGUCUGUAUCCUUGCUGCGAACUUGUUGAUAUAAUGGUUAUUGAACCUGGUCGAUCGUCCCCGGCUGGCAAGAUUCUCGUCAAGGAAGCACCGGAGAUGCUGGCGAUUGCACACUGGACCGGGCAGAUCCCGCGGCGGCCUCCCCUACCGGACGGCGUCAGCGUUUCGCAGCUGAUAGCGCUCGGCUCGCGGCGGAAACGUUCCAAAGUGUACUGGAUGAUUGCCAAGAGUGAGGAUGAAGUCAAUGACUGGAUUUCAGCUAUCACAAAAACGCUUCCCCCACCACCACAAAUCGAGUUGGUAGUCGACAAGCCACAGAUUAUGGGUGUUCUGAGAAGGCCCAUCGUCCGAAUACGACCGGCAACCAGCUCGGAAGUUUCGGCCCGGCGGAAAAAUCGAUCCAGCAUCGAGAACAACACCACCAAGGUGCGCAGCGAGGCGGCCGUUGCCAUCAUCAAGAAGAGCACCCAGGACAACGCGGAACCGAAGGGAUCGCUGGCCUGUGCUCUGCCCUGGGGUCACGGCUGGGGGUGGGCUACCCUGCCGAAUGGCAUCUGGAGCGGAGCACUAACCUGGUCCCAGUGCGAAGACUCGAUCACCCUGCACGCCCUGCCGACGACGCAUUGCACCAACAUGAUCGAUGCCCCAUGCAGCGGCGGCAUUUAUCACACCGACAUCAGUCCGUUCGAUUUUCACGGCAUCGAGGACGUCGGAGCGGAAGAUUUCGACUACGCGAUGGAUUGUGGCGACUUUAUCUUUUAAGGACAUCUCUCCGCACAUAUUCAGACGACUUUGUCACAUACUCACACAACAUGACAUGUUCUGGAGAGGGAUCGAAUUGGAAAAAAAUAUGAGCAAGACCAACAUAUCUUUACACUCGCCACUCGACAAAGAAAAAUGAAGAAAAGUCACAAAAUGAGCAAUUGGUCGCCAAACAUAGGUUGACGUUUUUUUUCCUAACGGAAUUGAAACGAUUUUUCAUAAGAACUAGACUUCUCCAAUAAACCACUCCAAACUGCACUCUUAUCGAAGUUUAUCGGAAUCGGUCCCAAAAAAGACACAUCUACACAUACACCUAUCCUAUCACAAAGUAGAACCACACUCGAAAGCGAGAGAGAUAGAGAGACAGAAAAGAGGCAAACAGACACAAACACACUCACAACACGGAUAAAGGAACAAAAUUCCAUCAGCCAGACCUUUUUCCAAGCUUUUCGGGAGGAAAAUGAUAACAACGUUAAAAAGAAGGCGACCGAAGAGUAGAACCGGAAGAAAACUUUCUUCAGCCGGGAUCGAAAGUGGAAAACUUUCCUGCCUGGCAGCCGCAGCCGAAAAAAGAAAAUCCUACUAUAGAAAGCUCCAAACAUCAAUCGAGAUCCACCGAUAAUCGUAGCGUAGACCAUAACGAGGACAAACGUUUCCCCAUCCAAAUUUGCACGCUUAACCGAAUUCAACGUAAGAGAGCAGUAUUUGUAAUCCGUGCGACAAGCUGAUGUCUUGAAAGUGCAUCGUUUGGGAAAACUCAAAUCAAGCGCUGAAGAAUUUUAAACAACGUAUAGCGCACAUUAAGUAGUAAAUAUAAAGUUGGAUAAAUGUUUUAUAUACCAAUAAUACUCAUGAUAAAAGGUUAAAACCAACUGGAUGUAGGUGUUAAACUAGUCACCAAAAAAUAAAAAAAAACUUCGUGUCAUUUGUAGCAAGCAGCAAAUAAAUAAAUGAAUCGUGGAAAAAAACAUAACUAUUUACAGAGCGAUAAAAACACACUCACACAGACACAAAACACAUACUCACAAAAGCGUACACUUCAAGUGAACAAUUGAUAGGAACGGUAUUAAGCCCGAAACUAUGAAUAUAGCGUUUUAAACUAACAAUUUAUGCCUUCCCGAAAAUAAAAAGUGAAAAGAGAAUUAUAAAGAUGUUUUUACCAAAAAAAUAAAAACCGGAAACCAAAACGAAACAAAAAUCGGCCCAAGUAGGCCACGAAGGUUGAUUAAGAUUUGAACAUUUUUUGAUACAUCAAAAUUAGAGUUUAAUACACGGCUAGAAAGACGAAUCCAAUUCGUCGACUCUUAUUUACCCACGAAACGUUCACCAAAACCAAGUUAGAGCCUUUUCAUAUUGAUUCGUUCAUCAAACCUCUGAAACGAACCAAAUAAAUUUUUCAAAUCACUUAUUUAGAGCACACAAUUUAUUGAAGUAUGGAGCAAUUUUAUAAAGCGUCUAAGCGCCAACACGUUCGUUGGCGGAAGUCGAUCAACCCUAAGCACCCUAAAAAGGAAAUAUUUUAAUUUAUUCGAAAAAAAAACAGUAAAAUUUAAAAAGUGGAAAUAGUCCAAAACCAAAAAAAAAAGAAAUUGGGGUAAAGCUUGAUUCUACAUUAACACUUAACAAAUGGAAAACAAAUGGAAGAACAAUACAAAAUUGCGUGACAGCACCGUGAAUUUGAGAGGAGUCGCGUUACGUGAACCAAAACGACUCUAUUCACCAGGUAAAAACUUCAAUAUUUAUAACACUAGGUCGUAGAUUUAAACAAUAAACGAAACAAAACAUAGAGACUGUACCUACCGAGCAAAAACAAAUAAGAUCAGUUUUAAAAAUAAAACGAUUUAUUGAUUAGUAUCAUUAGGUAAUUCUUCACCCGCAUAAGACAUAAUCUUCAGUACUCCUCCGAACUUUUGUUACUCUUUUAACGAUAAUUGCUCUUGUAACAGAAAUAUUUGAAUAACAAUUGGAAUAAACAACUUAGAAAAAGACGAGGAUACAAACGCGUUUAAAACGUAUUCACUGAAAAAGCGAGACAUAUGUAUGUUUUACAAACAAAAACAAAAACUAGCAAAACGUAACACGUAACUGGUCAAAAUAACAUCCGUCAAACUCCAUCACGACUCAAAGACCGCGAGCGUUUAACACACGAAAGUAGUAAAUCAAUAAUCAUCCCUAGGAUUAUGUGACCUUUAUAAAUAUAUAUAGAAACAAUACUUCUAUGAAACUACGGGUAGGGCCUAGCAAUCGAUAGUAAAUUGUAUAAGCAAAAAAAAACAUCAUCCACACUACUGUAUAGAUCAGACAAACAGAAAAACUACCCAAUCGAUCAGCAAAACUGUGUCAGCGAAAACCCGUCAAACUCAAACUGUGGCGGCCAUUUUGAAAACGUCAAAGUGAUCUCCACUUGUUUGGUUUGUUUGAAACAGUUGAAAGAAGACAACAACAAAAUCCCAAGCUUGAAACAAUAGGUACUGAAUGUGUAACACAACAAUUUACAUCCCAAUUCGGUGGCCCCAUAUAUCGGUGUGUGCAAAUUUCCUGCGAUAAAACACAAACAAACAAAUAAAAAAAUUAAAAAAAAUAAAAAAUGGAACAAAAAUAAUCGAUGGAAAAACAACCAGGUGAUGUGAAGUUUAAACACAUUAUUGAAAAAUGUUUUUAAACCAAAUUUUAUUUUAAUGACUUUUCACAUAGUGAAUUUCUAUGUUUUAUUUUGAGUACAAUCAAACGAAAUCGCAGCUAGCCAUGCUCGAGAACGGACGUGUUUUAUUAUCAAUUUUUCGCGUUUUCCUCCGGUUUGGUUUUCUGCUAAUUGUAAACAAAAAUCGUGAAUAUAUUUUUUGUUUGUUUUGAGACCACUACUGUUUCGGUAGAAAUUUUAAGUUUCAAUUUGAUCUGAGUUCAACAAUCCUUUUGUGUUUUCGUGACAUUUCAAGCUGGUUAGAAUGGGCACCAGCUUGAUGACUCCACGAACAACUGCGUGUGGUAAUUCUUGGUAAGUAAGAUUUUUGUUUAAGUUAGAAGCCAUUUUUCGAGCGAGCGUCCCUCUAUAGUCUACACAGACAUUUUUAAACAACAAUAAGUUUACCAAAAGCACUCGAAUGCCAAAAACAGAUAGUAAAAUGUCCCAAAUUAAAUGAAACAUGAAACAAGCACUGAUCUUGAUAUUUUUCUCUAAAGAGAAUCAGCUUUAAUCCAUCUCAAAGUUUUGUUUUACUCAUGCUUGUAUCAAAUUAUUAGUUAUCAUACAAAUUUCUGAACUUCACAGCACCGAGUAAGAACUCACAAAUCUUUCGAGAGUAACAUUAAAAUAAUACAAAACUAAACAAUAAAACCCAUAACGAAACAAAAAUUAAAUCAGAAUCGUACAAUGUUUGUAUCAAUAUUUAUAACCAUAGCUGAUGUGAAGAUUCAAAACAUAAACACAAAAAAACCGUAACAUAAGCUAGAAUGAUCAAUCAAUCAAUCAGAGAUCGAAAUAUACAAUAGCGAUAAUUGUUUUAGAAGAUUUCAAUAACUGUUUAGCAAUUACAAAUGGAAGGAAUUCAUCCAUUGAAGAUGUAUAAAACAAUUGUGCACUUUUUCAUAGGCGAAAUCGCUGGUCGAUUUUAUUAGAGCAAAAUGUAUUGAAAGUAUACUAAAAGAAAAUUGAUUUGAAAAAACUUCGUUUACCAUGCGAUACAGCUUUCGAAAAUUGGAGAAUUCACAUUCGUCCACGUGGAAACAUUGUUGUGCGUCUCCAUGGUAACAAACAAAAACAUUUUUCAUAACUCCCAAGCUCCAAAAUGGAUUCUUUCGAUCACCUUGAAAAGUCAACCAUUCGCAAUCCGCUGCUUCUUCGAACAAAAAACUGCUGAGCGGCUAUUUGAGAGCAGCUACCCUACACUCCACAUCCAAAAAGAAAACACAACGGCUAGAAUUGUCAAUUAAUUGGACAAAUCCUUCGAUCCAACGAGUGUUUGUAAACUUUCCCCAAAUUUUAUGCCAAUCUCAACACAAUAACCGAAAAGGAAUAAACACAUUUCACAUGUUCUUCCUUGCAAAAAAAAAUGUCAGAGAAUCUUUUAACAGGAAAUAACAGAAGAAACAAACAAAUACCUUAAUGUGUUCAUUUAAUAAACAAUAUUAAACUAUAAUUUAAACAAAAUAAAUGACCCAGCCAAAAACCACACCGACCCAAAAGAGCACAGACAUACACGAGAGCAAAACAGUAGGCGGCGAUCGGACAGCAAGCCAUUGGCUACCGAGAAGUGGAAAAAAAAGGUGUAACCGUAACAACCAAAAAUCAGUCCCCGGUAAAGGAUAAAAAAAACCAAAACAACCCAAUUGGUGAAAAAUUCCCCCAACCCUUCCUCUUUUCCAGAGUAGCGAAAAGGCAGUUGAAUUAAGACAGUCGUGGUGCGUGCAGGCUUGGAAUCAAUGUCCAUAAUAAACAAACAAUUGACACAAGAAGCAUAUAUGUAUGUCGGAAGAGGAAAACUUAAAUAAAACAUCAAACAUCAGUAGAACAAUCAAGGCAAAAUAUUGAAGAUAAAAGAAAAACAAUGUGUUGAAGGAAUAAUAAAAUAUGGUCAUGGAGAAAUUGUG